GGAUUCCAGAAGCAAUAUUCGCAGGCCUUGUUUCCUCGCUUGCUCUGGGGAGGACGAAAUUUGAUGCCAGCAUCUGGCCCAUUUGAGUGAGGCCAUGGGGCCGCGGCAGCAGGGAUGUGCUGCGCGUGCUACCGGGCUGGGAUGUUGGAAGAAAUGCGGGAUGGAGCCUUGACGGGAGUCUUGGACGUUCUGGGCCUGGUCUGGCUUUGCUCCAUUCGACACCUCACAGUCACCCGGAACCUGGAAUUCCACGAGGGCCUCUUCUUUCGGCGGGCGACGUCUUUUUUAGGAUUGGACCGCUGGGGGGUCUCAUUUUGUUUGCACCCUGACUGGCUUCCCUUCCCGCUGGUGAUUGAGUCUCUGCUGGCCAGGUGGAGAGGGCGUCGACGGUGCAGACGGUGCAGAAUCAUGCAUCAAUGGCCGUAUUGGCACCCAUAUACGAGCAACUUACGGCUUGUGGCAGAUUAUGGGCGCUCGAACUAUCAUGCCCCGAAUAUGGAAGCUGCUCGCGGCCGCCUUCUCGAUGACAGCCAUGAUCCCUGUUUGACGCUCAAAGUGGAAGGGAAAAAGAAGGCUCACAGGUCAGGGAGAGGUCCGGGCCAGGGAUCCUCUUGCUGAUCAAUCCUCCACAAAAGAAUAAUAAUAAGAGAGCCGAUGAAAUGAG